AAUUUCAAAAUUUGCCAUGUUUAUGUUCAUAGUUGUUCUUAGGUCUGUUCAAAAGCCAAGCCUGAAAAAUGUGUAAUGGCUGGUGAUGGAGAACAACUUAGAGGGGUGUUUGAGCUGUGUAAUCCAGAUGGUGAUGGAUAUAUAUUAACAGAAUAUUUAGCCCACAAUCUAGCAGAACAGUUUAACGGUAAAGCGCUCGACGCAAUACAGGAGGUCUUGGACCCUGAGAGGGAAGGAAGAAUCUCUUUUGAGCAGUUCUGCUCAGCUGUCAAUCACCUGCAGGGCGGGAACUUAAAAGACCAAACUCAGGGCAGAUCUGAGGAUGAGGAGUCUGUUUCCGAUCCAGAGAACACAUAUAACGAAUACGAUAUCCCAGAGGACGAGCUUGUUACAGAGAUGGAGAAUUUCGAGGCAUUUGGAGAAUCACCCAAACAUUUAAGUCCGAAUAGGCCGUAUGAUGCAAGGUCUGAUAACUUUGAAAGGCAUGGCAGUUUCAGAAGGUCACACAGAAGAGCUCACAGUCUUACUCCAGGAAGAAUGUUGCCUUCCGUUCCACUAUCUUAUGAUAAAUGUGAAGACACAUCUUCUGUGUCGUCUGAGUUUGAAGAUCUGUCCGAGAAAGUAGACAGUUUAAAAGACCAUGUUUCUCGGCUGUCAGAGGAGAAAAACAUCCAGUUACAAUACGAGUCAAUGAAGCGUGAAAACGAGCGACUAAACAGUCGUGUGAUGGAGUUGGAAGAAAAAGUUCAAGACCUCACAGAUCGGGCAGAGGAGGCAAGAUUGGAUGCUACUCAUAAGUUAGAGGAUUUACAAUCGAAACUGGAACGUGAAAAGGAACUUCAACUACAGGUUCUUCAAGGUCGGUUGGAUUUAAAAACAAGUGAGAAUGAUCGACUUGAAAUAGAAGUUGGUCAGUUGAAGAGCAUGGCUAAGGAAGCCAAGAGAGAUCAGUCAAAGUCACUCAGCAAGAACGAGGAACUUACACAACAGUUGGUUGAAACUAACGAAGAAUACAGAAGGUUAAACCAGAGGUUCACAUUACAACAAGAUAAACAUGACACUGAGCAACAACGACUGCAAGAAAUGCUUGGUUGUCUACAAAGUCAACUCGAAUCUACACAGAAUGAAAAAGAAGUUUUAGAUGAGCAGGUUGCCCUCUUAAGAACUAAUCCCCAGUCUGCGAGCUUACAGGCUCAUGUAGAGGACCUAAGGAGCGAGAAUGAUAAACUUAAGCUUACAAAUGAAGAGCUGAAUGAUCAGCUUGCUCAGAACAUCACUGAUGUUCGAUCCCUAAUGAAUGGGGAUCAAUCUAUUGCUCGGGAAUUAUCUGAUGCAUCUAAAGAUGAUCUUAUGGAAGAGCUGAAGAAACAGGAGCAGAUAAAUAACCAACUGCGGGACUAUUUAGAUCGCAUAAUCCUGAGCGUGCUAGAGCGCGACCCAACUAUACUAGAGAUUAAGUCUUAACCCUAACAGUCUUGUGUUGUAAGGUGAGUAGCUGUAUUAGUAGCAGUAUGCCAUGUUUUAGCAUGUGUGUGAGAUAUUUGCUGGAGCUGCCAUUCUUGUUUUGAAUUCCUGGAGUGACCUUGGCUCCAUAAAUAGGCUUUUCUUUCCUCAUUAAGCUUAACUAAGUGCCAUGUUGUGUAACCGCAGGCUUAGCUAAUUGCAAAACUUGACAUGCUCGCGUCGCAAAAGCAGUUGGUUUGUUUGUGAUAGGUUUGUGUACACAGCUUCCACAACCCCACUUCACAUACACUUGAGCCCAUAAGGGCAUAACGAUUGCUCGUUUUGAUAGGCUUAAAUUUGUUUGGCAUUUCAAGGGCUUAGAAGUUAGAAUAUAUCUGGGUUUUGCUAUUUCACUCUAAAUAUACAUCUGUUUUGGUAUCUAAGGGCUUGAAUCUUAAAAGACUGCAAAACAUUAUGUCGCUCUGAAAGUUACUUAAAUUGCCGAUACCAUAAUUGGCUGUAAUUUCAUAGAAGGCUGAUUCAGGGUAUAUGACAAACAUUGGUGGCGUCAUUAUUUAAACCGACAUUAAGUUUUCAAAGAACUCGCGCACAGUGGAGCGUGUAUAAUUCAGUUUACGGGAGUCAAAUUUCAAUUCUUUAAAUGUUACCAGCGCUGGCUAACAAAGGGGUUUACGUACCAUGUGAGCACAUUGUCACCACCGCCUGUUGUGGCCUUUGUGUAUUCAGUUGAUAGGACGUCACGUAUAUAAAAAGAUGAUGUUCAGCUUUCCAGGUGUUAUUGAUCGUUAGUUUUACUACGAAACUCCCAAUCAAUACGACGCUAAAUUCACAUUCAUGCGCUAGACACGCAAGUCCAUUUGGAUCAUUUUUACACUCAGACCCUUGAUUUUCCUUCUAUUGAUUUCUUUGGCAUUAUGUUUAAUCAGGCAUGUGGUUUUUCACUUAGCUCAGUACUAUAUUCUUACAUAUGGUGGUAUUUAAAGGCUGUUCAGCAUGUGCAUAUGCUUGAGAAACCAGCAGGCUGUUUUAAUCCUCUUUUCACUGUGUGUAAGACCAGCUUAUUGCUUUUAAGUGUUAUACGGCAGAGUGCACCAUGGGUGUGUGUGUGUGCGUCAACAUACUACCAACAAUGGGAUGUAGUUAAUAAAUAAUGUAUAUCUCUUGUUUGCCUAAGUUCCAGUAUUCUGUAUAGCGUACAAUACUAUAUUACACGCUUUUAAAUUUUGUUCUUUUUUACUGCGCUCACUAAUGUGAAAUGAGCUGUUUUAUUAUGUUUUAAUUGCAUAGCAUUAUUGUUAAUUGUCUUAUCUUUAUAUCUAUUGGUGCUACAUAUUCAUUAUUCUUUUGCUCAAACAACUCAACUUAACUUGUAACUCGUCUUGUAGUUACACAUUCAAAAUAAUGACCUACUGCAUAUUAUUUAAAUUAACCUCUUAAAGAUAGCAAUUAAAGCUCCAAAUUUUGCACACCAUGCCCGCUAUGCCAUACCUGAUUACUCGCUUUUGUAAAUUAACUUAGUAAUGUUGCUGCAUAUGUACAACUCUCAGCUUAGACCUAUAAAUAACACCUUUCUGUAUUACCCCACCUGUGACGAAAUUCUAUUUUUCUCAAUUGUAUUCCUUUCUGUACUAAAUCCGUUUUCAGUUGAACUACGGGUACAUUCCCUUAAGAUCUUCUAUUUUCUUAUGUUUUAGAUGAUUUUGUCGUGUAGAUUGUGCACUGUGAAUCGCUAGUUUAGUCGUGACGAUUAGUACCGACUGUAACCAGUAUUGCAGAGUACCUAAUUUUAAUUGAUUGGUUUUGACUUUGUAUUAACCAAUUUAACGCAAUGUGUACCCAAAAAUAAGCGGUCAAAUUUUAUCAUGUUUUAAAAGGACAGUGGUUUGAGAUUACAUUUUAAUGCAGUUAAACAUUAACUCAAGCCCGCAUUUUUCACAAUAGUAUUUGAAUUGGUGCUACGUAUGCUUAGCUUUUAUGGAAAACUGUGUUUUACUAUAAUGGAGUGUUGAUGUUAAGGGAAAUGUGUGGGCUACGAGGGAUGGCAUCAAUAAUUUACAACUUCUUUUUCACUUGGCACCACAGUAUCAUACCUUUGGUUGAUUUAGCAUUUAUGUAAUAAAAUGUGACCUUACAUUU